UCUGAAGCUACGACCAGGUUUGCAAGAGGAUACAUCAGCAUAAGUGCAAACAUGAAGCCUUUACUGGUCUUUAUGAUGUGCUUGCUAUGGCUGAGAGGACAUCAGUGUGCACCUAUCAAUGAAGAAGACAUAAAUUUUGUGGAAGAUCUAAAAGUUUUAUCUGAAGUUGGAGAGAAAUAUGUAGACGAGGAGGUAAAGAAAGCACUGAUCGGCAUUAAGCAGAUGAAAAUUAUGAUGGAAAGAAAUGAAGUCAAACAUGUGGAUCUGAUGAAGACUUUAAAGAAGAGCAGUGAUGAAAAAGAGGAAGCUCUGAGACUUCUGAAUGAAGUGAAAGAAAGACUGGAAGAUGAAGAAAACAUAUGCCAGGGGUCUUUGAAGAAUCUAUGGGAUCAGUGCAAAUCUUGUCUAGAAAGUAACUGCAUGAGAUUUUAUGCCACUUGUCAGCAUGGUCUGGCCACAUUUACAAGCAAGGUUGAAGAUUUUUUCAGGAAAAUAACUCCAUUAUCAUUUCCUAUUUAUGAGAUUCAAGGGAAAGAUCUCCAGCGUAAUCAAAAGCCUGAGAAAGAGGAUGCCCAGCUCAUACAAAUGGAAAAUUUGUUUAACCAGCUGUUGUCUGACAUGGGCACAAUGUUUGAAAAAAGCUUUGUGUUUUUCAAACAGAUGCAAAAAGAAUUUGAUCAGUCUUUUCAAAUAUAUUUUAUGUCUGAGCCAGACUUAACAGAGCCCUAUUUUUUGCCAGCUUUCCCUGAGGAGUCUAUAAGAAAUACUGGUUCCCCCAAAGAUUGGGAGAUACCAGGCUUCCUCCAACUAGUUUUCGACUUCAGCAGAACAGUCCUUGAAGGUGUCGGUGAAGUGAUUACAGAGGCAUUUGAAGGAUAUCAAGAGAGUGCAAGAGAGAUGGCAGAACAAAUGAAAGAUUCUGACAAAAGUGGAAUGUUCUCUCAAAACACACCAGGUCACGAGAGAGCUCCAUGCAAUAAAUUGCGUCAGAAUUCAUCAGGAUGCCCCCAAUUUCAUGAGAGAUGCCAGAAAUGUCAGGAUAAUCUUAUGCGAGUUUGCCCCAAUGUCCCUGAACUACAUAUCAAGUAUGACGAUGCCUUUAAGCUGGUUAACAUCUCUGGCGAGCAGUAUCAACAGAUUCUUCAGAUGGUCCAGCGUCACACACAAGACACAUCCUACUUGUUGAAUAAAAUGAAAGAAAGGUUUGGAUGGGUGUCCGAACUAUCCAACAUGACCAUUGGUCCUGAAAACAUUUUCAAUAUAGUAAAGGUGUCAUCAAAUGCCAAAACGGGGGAAGCUUCCAGUCUGAAUGAGACAGUGGUAGACGUGAAUAUUUUGACUUCACCUACUUUUACCAUUAAGGUUCCCCAAGAUAUAGACACUGAUAGUUCUGAAUUCAUUGAAUAUGUAGCUGGGAAAGCUUUACAACUUUACAAGAGGAAUUUCUAA